GAGAAGGGACCGAUAAAACGGUGUCAGCGGGGAGUAUGGCUCUGCUCGCAGGUCAGGAGUGCGGGUAAAGUUUUCCGUAGCGACCAGAAACAGCUAAAAAAGUGUCUCUCGGACGCGUUCAGCAGCUCGAUUCAUGCGCUACGUUAUCUCCAAGAGCCGCGGCCGACAGAGUUUGCAGCCAGUUGGACUGCGCUGACACUGACAGCAGGAAAGUAAACAGCCCGAUGCUAACCAGCUAACCGCGGCUAGCUCCACUGUAACCGCCGCUAGCCGAGCUGGUAAACCGUCGACAGCCAGCUAACGUUAGCCGGCUAACCUGCGAGUAUCUUUGGUGGCGUUAAGUUACAUCACCGCGACUUGCCAGCACCCUCCCAUCCUAAUUUUUUGUCAAACUGCUCCGACGAAGGAUUGCCACAACGACACUUUCCAUUCAUGUUGUUUGGAAGUACGACGCUGCCAAACCUCCUGUUGUUCGAGCCAGGGAGUCAGCGUGAGUCCUUCCAGUGGAGACAGUGAAUUCGCCGGCCUUUACCGCACACAGAGAGGUGCCAACAGCGGGACAGGAUGCCUAUUCCUCCCCCUCCCCCUCCUCCUCCAGGACCCCCGCCUCCCCCAACCUUUAAUGAGGCGAACACGACUCCUCCCAAACUGAGCUCAUCUGAGGCAAAAGGCAGAGGAGCGCUGCUGUCAGACAUCUGCAAAGGUGCCAAGCUGAAGAAGGUCGCCGCGGUCAAUGACCGGAGCGCUCCGAUUAUAGAGAAAUCAGGUGGAGGUGGAGGUGGAGGAGGAGGAGGAGGAGGUGGUGGCGGCGGUGGCGGUUUUGGAGGCGGAGGACCAAUGGGAAUGGGAGGCCUUUUCCAAGGAGGUGUGCCAAAGUUACGCCCAAUUGGAGAUGGUUCUGCCGGAGGUUCAGUGGGCAGAUCUGCCUUGCGGCCGCCAGGAUCCCGGUCCUCAGCACCUCGGCCCCCGUCAGGCCGCUCCACCUCACCUUCCCCAGCCAACAAGCCCUCUCCACCGGAGCACCAGCGCUCUCAUCGCCCCUCGCUGCCAGACAUCUCACGCCCUUCCAGCAACAGCAGCAUUUCGUCAGCAGGCAGCGGGAUGAAGCACAGCACCUCUGCACCACCUCCUCCUCCUCCCUUUAACAGAGGUGGCCGUGGCAACGCUCCUCCGACCCCGAACCAGAAAGUACAUGCUCCAUCUUCCUCUCACAACAGGGAGAAGCCCCUCCCACCGACGCCCAACAGGGGCCCCACCCCUCCUAGCACUGUAAAACCACUUCCGUCUUCCAGCAGACCACCAACUGGUGGCUCAUCUGCUCCUCCUCCUCCACCGCCGUACAGACCACACGCUUCAGGUGGCGUCUCCAACGGGCCGUCUCAUGUGGAUGGCGGUGGAGCUCCUGAGCUUCCUCAGAGGCACAACUCGCUGCACAAAAAGCACACAUCAGGAGGCGGCAGCCAAGGACGUAGCCACGCUCCACCACCUCCUCCUUCACCAUCUCCAUCUUCUCAGCAGGUCAGCAGACCACCACCACCUGCCAGAGAGCCACCUGGACGAAGAGCAGCUCCCCAGGUGCCCCAUCCCGGGUCUCGUAACGGUGGUCGGGAUGCCCCUCCUCCCCCACCCCCGUAUCGUGGCCACAGCUCUGCGAUCUCAGAGCCCCUCAGCCGAGCGGGCAAACCGCCUCCUCCUCCCUCCUCCUCCAUCUCAUCCUCCUCAUCCUCCCGAACCCCGGCCGGACCCCCUCCUCCACCCCCACCCAUCCGGAACGGUCACUCCUCCAGCUCCUCCUCUAAGUCCAUCAUAGAUGAUUUCGAAUCCAAGUUCAACUUCCACCCCAUCGAAGACCUUCCACCUCCAGAGGACUACAGGCCUUCCAACAGGGUCUACCCCAGCAAGAGCAACAAGGCCAUGAUGAGAGGAGCUCCUCCAGCGCCGCCGGUGGGGAGGUGAACGGACCUCAGCUCGGGACUUGAACUCUGUCGGGCGAGUCGACGGGCGGUCAGGAGGGAGUGGUGAAGAAGCACGAGAAUCACAAACACACUACAGCGCAGACACACACACUAACACUAAAGCACCAGCCGGAAGCACAGCGGCGAUCAAACACCGCUGCACCACACAGGUUCGACACUACUCAGCGGUCACCUUCUGUCUUUUUGCACGAGAGAACAAAACCACUCGAAGGCGAGAAACGGACUCAAGUUUUCCGACCGCGACCACCUCCGCUGCUCCUCCACCGACAGGACGCAGAGGUCUGACAUAUCAGGACCAAACUCCGAACACUUCCACAUCUCUGCAUUCCAUCUUUUUUUUUUAAAUGCAUAUUCAUGAUAAUAAUGAUAAUAAUAAUUGUGCUUUUCAUAAUUCUGAUUAACAUCUUUUAUUUUUUAUUUUAUUAUUUUUGGCGUUGUUUGUGGAGAAGAGAAAAAGAAUCAACACUAUGAAUGAAAACGAUUUCAGCAGCAGAUGAAUUCCACUCAAGUUUGUUUUUUUUUUUUUUUUCGUAAGAUUGAUAAUGCCACACAUGUGGGGCCUAAUGGAGGUUAUGAUUUUGAUUCGUUUUUGUCUUGAAUAGCCAUUCCAAGCUGUGCCAGGUAAGGGUGUGUUUCAAUCAGCUCUCUUUCUCAGUGUGCCAAAUGCGGGUGGAGUCCAACUCAAUACAUGUUCUACAUAUAUAUAACUGACAUUUUUUAUUCACUUCUCUGAUCGUAGACGGAGUACAAUACUAGAAAGUUUGCCAAGAUGUGACCCAAAUCUUGCCUGGUUGUUUAAUUUUACAUUUGGAGAGUUCCAGCUUUUUUUCUUUUUUUUUUUACCCUCUGUUUUUCUUUUUUGGGGAUGUUCCUGUUUUCAUCUUUGGGCAAUAUUGCACGGCAGCUUCACUGCUAAACUGAGACACUGUGCAUGACGCUGAUCUAUGCACAUAAGACAUCAGGUUUCAAUUCAUGUCGCUGGAACAGAAAAAAGCUAAAGGGUUCAUCCCCAAUUUCUUCUGUACUUCAAUUGUACUUCAUAUAGUGAGUGUGUUCCUUUCUGCUCGGGCCACAGCAGAGUCCAACACUAAAUUAUUAUUUUUUUACUGGGCCAAGUUUAAAUGAUUUAGCUGCAGGUUUGCAGACGGCUCGGAGGAGUUUACAAGGGAUUGUUGCUCACUUUUUGCAGGAAUCUUCUUCCAGGGAAGUUGAUCUAAAAGCUCUACUUGUGCUGCUGGUGGCCCUUUUUAAAAGAAGGACAGUACGGCCAGAGAAAGAUGAGAUGUGGUUUAAUUGCUAUGCAAGGAGCAGUUUGUACAGAUUGUAGAUGGUAGCAGCUAGCCAAAAAAUAAAAAAAAUAAAAUAAAAUAAAAAAGAGACAGGAACACGUAAGUGCCAGAGAACUGUUUAAAACUGAUGGAGGUUCUUUACUUUUUAUGAAGCUUCACUUUAACACUAAUUCCAUCAUAUCCAGGCCACAGUGCCAUGCAGGUAAAGAAAAACCACAAAACAACAACCAGAUUGUCCAUUCUCAGUGAUGCAGCUCCUCCUGCUGGUCUUUGCCUUACACACAGCUGUUGUCACGGUCAUCGGUACCAGUGCUUUUAUUUUUUUUGUUGUUGUUUUUCAGGGGGAAGAUGACGACAACAAAGUAAAUAAGAUGCAAGUCUAUUUGAAAAAUGCAAUAUAUAGUGUAUAUUUACAUUAAGGAAUAUGGUAAUCAUAGCUAUUGAUCUAUUUUUAUGUUGUAAAAAGCUUGUAAUAUAGGAAAGAAAAAUGAUUAAGAGUUAUAACGAUGUUCCAGUCAGUGAGCUUUGGUCUGAUAGAGCGGACUCUCUGUAGCACUUCUCUGGAUGUUUGGCCAUAAGGGUGAAUGAGUUACAUGGAUGUAUGUGAGGUUUUAUUAACAAGCCAACGUUUUGGGGCUCCGGUUUCGCAACUGCCGAGUAAUUUAGUGAAUUUGGUGGAUGAUGGUGACGACACACACGCAAAGUACAAGAACUGGACUCACACUUGGUUCUGUGGAUGUACCCUCACCUCGACCCCAGGUGACCCGACACGUUCGUCUCCUUGUGUUCUCACCUCGUCCACUCCCAAGAGCAAAAACCCUGUGGUCAUUUCAUGUUAAUCAACCAUGUUUUUUAUCAUUUGAAAUAAUUUCAAAUAAAUAUAUUCCUGUUGGGGGGAAAAGGGAA